CUGGGCAUUGAGCACUUGACCCCCCCGUGUACGAAGCUGGAUCCGUCUUGAAUAUACUUAUGUACAUACAUGUAUUAUCAAUAAAAAAAUAACGGACAGCUGAAUGAUAUUGCCAUAAUUGUUACCUAUUUUUGCUUGCGAGAAAUUCAAAGAUACGAACAUACUUAAUAUUCCACAAUAGAAAUAUUUUCACCUUCAAAAAUUUGCAAAUGCAAAUGUUCCUUUUCUAAUAAUAAAUUAAUAAUAUAUUACGUUGAAUACAUUGUGGAAAAAUAUAAGCUGUAAUUUUUACUUUCCUUGUGCAUUGCAAAUAAAAGAAAAUCAAAUAAGAAAUAGCUACUUAGUUUGUAAUAACGUUUCGUACUUACAUAAGCGUAGUCUUUUAGCUAUUCAAAUAAAAUACUCGUAGAACAUAAGUAAAAAGACAUUUUACAUUUCGAAACCACAUUAUAUAAAAUAAAGGAAAAUAAUUAAUUUUAUACAGAAUAAUAAACUAUCGAAUCAGAACACAAUGAAAAUCAAAAAGAUGAAGAAGUGUAGAAUUUCGUGGACAAUUGCAUAUCUGUCAGUGAUUUUUUUUGUUGCUGAAGCAGAGGAAAACGUGGGUUUUGUCCAAGGAUUACUAUCAGACUGUCCCGGCUCCUGGAUACCAUCCAGAAUAAAACCAGAAAGCCUGAGGCACCUCCAACUGUCAGUUCUGGGCAACGGCAACAUACUCUCAGCCCCAUGGCCAAAGUACAACUACUACCGGGUGAAGGAGAUACUCCGCAACCCUGACUUCAACGUGAAGAAUAAGACUAUGCUCUAUGUUGGAGGGUACUGGGACUCAGGGACCUGGGGAGUGGGAAGACUGUUGGGUCUUUUGUACAAGCAGAUGGACUAUAACGUGCUUCUUUUGGAGACUGUGUAUUUCACGACGACGACGUUUGAGAAAGCUUCACGCCUUAUGCGACCAGUCGGAAAGCAUGCAGCCGAGAUGCUAGCAGUCCUCACUAAGCUCGGUAUGGAUCCCAAAAACCUCACCAUAUGUGGCAUCAGCCUCGGAGGACAAACUGUAAGCUUCAUAGCCAAGGACUACCGGAAAAUCACAGGCCAGAACAUCUCCACCAUCGUCGCCUUAGACGCUGGUGGCCCUUGUUUCAGAUUUCUAGGCCCGAAACAGAGAUUAGACCCUUCAGACGCUGAUUUCGUCAUCGCUAUCAUCACAAACAGCGAUGGAUUCGGAAUGGGUACCCCCGUUGGAACAGCUUCAUUCUACGUCAACGGGGGCGAGUACCAACCAGGAGAAAUAUCGUACAUGCCAUGCGAGAUUAUGUGCAGUCACAUGAGAUCUUAUUUUGUCUGGAUAUCUGCUUUGAUGCGCCCUCACCGAUUCAUUGCCGUGCGAUGCGAGUCUGUGGAAAAGGCGAAAGUGGGCGAUUGCUAUGAUGGGCCUUUGGUAACGAAUACUUUAGAUAUAUAUAUCGAUAGAAGUAAGCCUGGUAUUUAUUAUCUGGCUACAAGUAAUAGGUGGCCGUAUGCUUUGGGUAGGAGAGGUUUGAGAAAAAGAAGCAACAAUACGUUUGCCCCGUAUUUAACAUUAAUGAAUUGAUGUCAAAAAGACUUAAUCAUAAUAUGCUUACUUAAUUUAUAUGUAUAAUGUUACCCAAAUAAAAAAU